CACGGGUGGUGGAUGCAGUGUUAAUUUGUGUCGGUGGAGUCUCGGAGUUCGAUCGUUUGUGUCCGUCCUCUGUUUGUGUUUGUUCUGGGCAGGGCAACACGUCCGUGCACCGCUAAACAACCGCUCCCUAGGAUCAUCGAUAAGAGGGUGGGGCUGGAGGAACGCAGCAGGCCAGGCAGCAUCAGAGCAGCAGGAAGGUUGAUGUUUCAGAAUAUUUAUGUCCUGAAACAACGGAGGAUAACAUUUGCUGACCUUUGAAAAGAAGUAUGAUCAUUCAUACCAACAGCAAUUCAAGUAUAAAGUAUAUCUUUUACAGAGAUGAAAUGACACACGUCUGAAGCAGAAUUCUGUUGUGGCACAGGAUCUGUGUGUGUUGUAAGCCUUGUGCCAAGGGCCUUGAACUGCUGCUGGAUGGUUAUGACGUGAUGCUGAGAAGUGAUGAAACUUCUUGCCCAGAACUGCAACGAUGAAAAUUUACGAUUGCAAGAGGGGAUUGUUGCCGCCGUAUCCAUUAUCGAAGCCGGCUCGCAACGAUGUCGCGUACGCUGCAAACAGAACGUGUGUGCGCCCAGCAUCUGCACACCCUCCGCCUAAUAGCUGUACUAAACCUGUUGAGAAUGCCCUCCAAACACUACACCAGAUGAUUGGGACAGUUCAGCCGAUGGCGCAGAUGCAGGAGUAUAAAUCUCAGCAAAUGCUUUCUGUUGCUAAAGCUAACCCACAAGCACCGAACACCACUACAGCUCACCAAGCUGUUUCGAAGGCAGCAUCUCAACCUCUUCCAGGGAAAAGGCUAAUCCCAAUUCUUGCCAAAAACCAUGCAGUAACAAGUACAGGAGUCCAACAGCUUGCUGUAAACGGGCUUGUAUGGAUGAUGACCACAACCGCUGGCCAAACCGUCCAGUCUCCGAAUGCCCACAAUAUCUAUUCUGCGAGGGUAAUACCAGCCUUAAAUCCAGGUGUAGCUUAUCAAAAUGCAGCCCAGUCUCCGAAUUUAUUAAUUUCAUUAUCAUCUACGAAUGGAAGUGUACCUCAAAUUUCAACGGACCAAAGGCAUGUAAGUCUUUCUGAACCUGAAGGAAAUUGUAGCUUGACUCUUGAUGGAACGGCAAAUCAUUUAGUGAAAUGUCAUGGGCAGGUACAAAUUCAGUCGAAAUAUGGCAAGGUUGGUACAGAUCUGAACAAAGGUCCUGAAGGAAAUGUAACCUAUAAUGUGUCUGCUCAGCCUGGCCAGGGAAACUGGCCAGCUAUUACAAAUGGAGCACAAGUAAGAGCUGGCUCUUCUGACAAUACUCUGCAGGUUUCUGAAAGGACAGGACAAUCUGUUUGUUUGAGUUCACAGCCCAGCAUGCAGCACAGUACGUCCAAUUCUUGGUUUGCAUCUACAAAUUCAAAUAGCCAAAAGAGAAUGGUGCUUGCCAGGGUUACUCCAAUGUCUCAUGACUGGAAAGAUUUGCAGCAAAACCCACGUUCUCUUCAGUCUGCUGACACUUCCAACGCCAAGGACGUGCAAGUGCAAGGCACUCAGUUACAUGAUAAAUUAAGUGGUCAGAAUGGAGUAUUACAAGAUGCUCAUUCAGCAUCUGAAAAGUCUGUUGAAAAGCAAAACCAAGCUACUCCAUUAUCCCCUACAGAGAUGAUGGAACAGAAGAGUGUUCCUGUUGCACCAGCUGUACCUCAUCUCACUUCUAAACGAGAGUUAUGCACUCGAGAUGAUGUACAUAAUAUUCACUUCUAUUUUACGCCUUCAACUGUGAAUGAAGUCAGUAUUAUAACUUCUCAGGUACCUUCCAUUGUCAAUGCCCAACAGAAUUUAACGUCCCCGGGACAUCUAAUUUCAACUGCCAACGUAAGUUCACACAAUACAGCCCCUGAGACCUCUUUGCAUUCCUCUGUUAGCCUUUUACCCAGGGAAAGCUCUGAGGAGCAGGCAACCUCAGGCCUGGUACUCGUAAUUCCACCUUCUGUUCUUGUGCAGAAUUGCCAGAAUGUGGAGGCAGCUUCUGUCUGUAGCCCCUCUACUGUAUUAACUGGAGAAGAACAUACACCAGUGAGACUUCCUGAAUCCCAAGGUGAAACCUCCAGCCUGGUUGUGGAUGUAUCUACCCCAGAGUCUGAGAAAUCUAAAACUGCUCAGCCAGCAGCUCCCAGCCUGUUGAACCUAAAUGGACAGCCCCAUCAAGAAAAUAUCAGCUCAUCUAUAGCUGAAGGAUUUGGGGAACAGGCAAAUUGUACGAAUACAUCAGUGGAACCCAGUCAGGUGUCAGCUGAAAUGUUGGUGUCUUCCGCUGAGCUGAAUGGAAAGAAGAGGAACCUAAUUUUGGAUGCAGGAGUAUUGCCGAAAGACUGUGGUUUCCAUCAUGGCGUGUUGCUGUGUGAUGGCCAGGAAAACGCAACUGACAGUCCACCUCAAAAAAGGUUUAUGGCUUCUGCUGUGGAAGAUUCUUCAAAGGGUGAAAAUGUGUGUAAAAAUGUACCUCUACCUGAUAAAAAGAAAAUGACAAACUCAUCAGAGUUGAUGAUGUGCCCUGGCAGCUCUCAGAAAAAUGAGGUGGUAGUCGCUGAUGAAAUUGUUCCCGAUUGUAAUACAGAUCAGCCCGAGAUCUGUAUCACUGGAGUGUUUUCAUUAGGAGACAAUACCGGGAUGUGGAAAUCUGUUCAGCAGAGCUCCCCCUGCCCUGUGGUUGAUCUAACUAGCUCUUCAGCAGAGGAAACUAAUGAUGCGUCAACAACAAAAGGAACUGGAGAAUCUGGUUUGAAAGACCAAGCGGCACACGGAGGUUGUAAUAUUGUGAAGGAAAAUCCACAAGUGCCGUGUUUACCUCAGUCUAAUUUGAAGAGUGAACAAUGCUCAUCAGUGAACGAAUCUCCUCCUUUGGGACAUGUGCAGUCAGUAUUGGAGAGUUCACAGGAAAAACCCACAUGUCAGCAGACCCCUCAAUCUGAUACUAGCCAGGUGAAUAUUUUAAUAGAUCUAACCGCAGACAAAGAUCAUUUCCCUGAACCCCAGCAGAGUCCUUCAGUGAUGCCAUCUGAUUUCAAAGAGCAAGAUGGGAAACUGGUUUGUGACCAUAGCACCAUGUCUGUUGAAAUUAAUAGCCCAACCCCUUUGAAAUUUGCAGAUAAUGAGCCUCAGGGUCUUGAUGAUCUGUUGCAUUCAAUUGACACAGAAAUUGAAACCUUACUGAAUUUCUGGAAUCCUUAUCCUCCCAAAUUUGCAUGUGCCAAUAUUGCAAAGUCAGCCAGCAUACACCACAAUCUGCACAAGAGUGAAAAUUGUGAGAGUAAAGUGCCAAAUAUUGCUAAAGAAACUGCAUCGAGUAUUUUCGAAGAAGUGCAAAUGCCAGAUGAGGGUGAGAAAGCUGGCCUAUCUGACAAUUUGGACUGCAACUCCUCUUGCAGUAUCAAGGUACUCGGACACACUGAGAUUCUGAAUCUGCUCGCGGAAAUAGCGAAACCCAAAUUUAAUGAGAAGCUGCCUCCAGGAAGUAUAUUGUCUGAAACGUUCAAUCACUCAGAUGUGAGGUUGAGUGAGGAAAGUUCAAGUAAAGUUUCCCAGAAUGCCUGCAAUGAUGGAUGGAAGGCUGGCAGCUCCAAGGCAGUGACAAUGAAGCUACCUGUUAGACAGUGGGGAGAUCAAAAUCCUACAGUACAGCCUCUCACCAAUAAGAACAGCUGUGCAAAAAAGGGAAAACGGGAAAGGAAAGAAUAUUGUUGUAUUAAUGCCUGGCUAGCUGCGUCCGGUGUGCUUGGCAUAUAUUGCCAUUGUAAAUUAUCACAGGGAAAUAAAACUGAAAGCCAGGUAGAUUUGCAACAUGCCAUGCCUGAGACCCAAAAUAGCAAUGAGACUAGUAAUCCAAAUUGUGUUGCAAAACACAUGGACAUAGAGGCCACCUUACACAGUGUGCCCGUUGCCACUCAUAGGGGACAUGCUUUAGAAGUAUCUGAGAGCUGGAAUUCUGGGCCCAGAAGCUGCACAGACACUGCCCCUGACUUGAAUCAGGCUGAAGUUUUGAGAGACGUUAAGCAAGAUGUGUGUAUUGUCCAGGCUAUGCAGCAGCAGGCUGGUGAAAACCGUACUAGACUAGAAAACGAUGAGGUGGAAGGCUUGUGUAAGUCAGGUGUUGCAAACCCAGGUUCUCUUGGUAUGUCUGAAGAAUUGGAUAGAUUACCAUGCAAAGUUGCUUUUCACAAGAAAUCCGAUUUGAGGGAAAGCAAAGAUCUUCCCCAAGAUCUGGUUGAAAUUGAACCAGAUAAAGACACGUGGACUGUUCAGGAACUUAAUGAAGAUAAAAAGAAAAGUGGGAACAAAGAUCCGUCUUCAAAUGUGUUGAGAAAGAAAAUUGGUGACCAAACUGACAAGUGGAAUGUUAACCGACACCUUGGAGUUAAGCUUGGAUUCAAGGUCAUGAAAAGGAAACGUGACACUCCGAAUUGCCGGAGCCCACAGAAACAAUGGAAAAGUGAUACUUGGGGAAAGGAAAGAAAAUAUGCCAAAUGCCCUAGUCUACAGAAGAACCAUCAUCCGCAGAAGAAAACAAGAUAUGAUGUUGCUGAUGCCAAACUUCUACCCAACUACAACUGCCAAGUUAUGAUCAGGGAUAAAACUUACUCCUCAUUGGGAGAACGUGCUGUACUUGUUAAUCUAAUACCUGUUUCUGGAAAGAUCUGCAAAACCAAGGCGAAAACACGAACCAAAUCUAAACAAUUGUAAAAUGAAAAUCCUUCCUUUCCUGGCAACUUCUUAAUAUUGAGCCUUAAUUUUUUUUAAAAGAAAGAUGAACAAUUUGUAUGAAGUACGAUGGUGCUUUCUUUUUGUUUUAUGUGACCGUUCGCUCUAAUAUUACUAAUGGCAUGGAGAUUGAAAUUUCCUACCAAGGCUUUGUGCAAAGAGUUUGAAUAGUUAAUUUGUCUCUUCCCACUUCAUUAUGACCAGAUGCUUCAUUGAGAGAUUGUCUAUUAGGUUUAAAUUGUAUGCAGAUCCACUCGGAGAAUUAGUUUGAUAUUAGAUUUGGUCAAAAGCUGCAAAUUUGAUUGACCUUAGUACCUCGGUUGAAUUGUACAUGGUGCUUGAUUUCAGUGUAUAUGUAUCAAGUUUCGUACACUAUGUAUCGAACAAUGUGCCACUAGCCACUCUGAAUGAAGAAAUAAGUUACUAGGUAAAAAUUUCUUGUGUUAAAUAAGUCUGUUAUGUUUUCAGAUUGUAUUAUAAUAUUACACAUUGAUAAUUUGCUUUAGUGUUUACAAAGACUUUUUUAUAUUGAACUUUAUCAUUUUUAACCCUGUUUUCUACUUCUGUGCAACCUGAAUUUUGCAUGACGUUUGGAAGUGACAGAAAUUAACCAUUGUUGUAUUAGUUUGUAGUUAGUCUCUAAGUUUAAAUUGUCAAAAUUGUACAUUAUGAAAUAUUGACAAAGUUCAAAGGUAUUUCAAACUUUAAUGUGAAAUGGCAGCAGUACCCCGA